CAGGACGCGGGGUUCCGGCCCAGCCCCGAUUCCCGGCAGACCCCGCGGUGCUCCCUCUCUUCCGGUCCGGCGGCGGCGGCGAGCGCGGCUCGGGUGCGACCAUGGCCAAGUCCAAGAACCACACCACGCACAACCAGUCCCGUAAGUGGCACAGAAAUGGCAUCAAGAAGCCCAAAACCCAUAGAUACGAAUCUCUCAAAGGGGUUGAUCCCAAGUUUCUGAGGAACAUGAGAUUUGCAAAGAAACACAACAAGAAGGGGCUGAAGAAGAUGCAGGCGAACAAUGCCAAGCAGGCAGCUCAGCAGGCUGCUCAGCAGAAAAAGGACUGAUGUGCUUUAAUAAGAAGACCCAGUUUUCUUACUGGUGUGUGUGUUACAGCAUUUUUUAAAAUAAAAUUGUAUGUAACAAA